AUGUGCUUACCUCGCCGAUAUCGCCUUCUUCAAGCUUGUCUACUAUUUCGACUCUAUUGCCCAAAAGGUCUCUCUGUGGCUCAAUGCGGCUUGAAACGUACUCUCCUGUUCUCACAGGAAGGCUAUCAAUAUUGGAUAUGGGCUUUUCCUCUUCUCCAUCCUCCGCUGUUGCCAACCCUCCUAGGUCUGUCAUCCAGCCACGCCGCUUCUUCCUGGCUGGCUCGCCUGAUUGAUCGCCUUCUUGAUUACUGCCAUUAUGUUUGCCGUUUGCCUUCUCACUUUCAUCGUUUGAUGAACUAUCGUAUUCAGAAUUGGAACUAUCGAACGAGCUUUCACGCUCUUUUUGUUUGGUCGCCUCUUUUUAAAUCUCUGGUUCGUGCAAAUAUUCUUCAUCUUACCGGUUUCUUUCCCGGUGCGGACUUUCUAACGAGGACUGAGGAUCCAACUUUCAAAGCGCUUCCUGUAACAACUGAUGUAGGUGUUGACCUGGCUACUGUUUUUGAUAUUUCUGAAGCUGAUGUCACAGAUAUAGAUGGUUUUGCAUUUUCCAUUUCCAAGUCACUGUCAUUCGCUUUUGAGCCUCCACCGCCAUCAUCGUCACUAUCAUCAUAUUCAUCAUCUUCCAGGUCAUUAUAG